AUGCAAAAGUUCAUACAAACACUUGAACAAGCUAGAUAUGAUGCAUCUGGUUGGUCGAUAGGUACAGAUCCACAAUCAUUGGACUAUUUCACGCGUCAAUUGCAUGCUCUCAUCAUCAGAGAUCUUUGUGCCAAUGGAUAUGAUCCAUGUAUUACUGACGCUGUUGCAAAUUAUCGUCAAUGGCGUGAAAAUACAAAUGCUGAUCCAAUUGCUCCUGAUAUCCGAACCGUUGCCUAUUGUCAAGGAAUCAAAAAUGGUACAGCUGAGGAUUAUGAACACAUGCGAGAACUAUAUAAACAAACUAAUGAUCAAGUCGAAAAGAAUCGUUUUGGUUAUGCUCUGACAUGUACACAGAAUAUCACUCUUCUUGAACAAUUGCUCAAUACGACGUUAGCCAAUGAUUAUAUUCGCCUUCAAGAUGCAUCGAGAUUUAUUAACAAUAUUCGUCUACAACCCGGUGGACAAAAGCUUACUUGGCGUUUUAUUAGCCAACAAUGGACAGAGCUUGUUGCUAAAUUUGGCGGUUACUACCAGGGCAAACACCAUCCUGAUGAUCCAAACUAUUGGGGUCCAGAAUUCAAUUACGAAUUUCACGACGAACAACUUGAUGUUAGUCCAGCUGUCGUAUACAUGAAGGAUGUCGUAAGAUAUUGGGUUGGCGAAUUUCAUCUCGACGGAAUUCGUUUUGAUGCUGCCAAACAAAUGGACAAUUUCAAUAUUCUGCAUGAACUUGACCGUGUUGCUCGCACUUCUGUCCGCACUAAUCAGCCAUUCUACACAACAGCCGAGUUUGUCCCUGAAAAUCUCUACAUUACCAAAGCUAAGAAUGGUCCUGUCGAUGCCUGUUGGACUCAGGCACUUUAUGGCAAUUUGGAAAAUGCUCUUACUGACAAGGUUGAUUUAAACGAUAUGAAAUAUGCCAUUGCCAAUAAUAAUGUGGUCAAUUACACUGAUUGUCAUGACAAUAAACGUCUUCUUUUUCGAGUGGGCAAUAAUCACUGUAUCUUCGAUGAUGAAGCCUUCCUUCGUAUGCAUAUGGCCGCCAUCCUUCUAGCUACUUCAGUCGGAGUUCCUCUUAUUUGGCAAGGUGAUGAACUCGGUGAUGCUUCAUCUUUCGAAGAAACAGAUGAAAACAAAACGACAAAUCAUUAUGACAUGCAUUGGGAUUUGCUCAAUCAAGAUCGCAAUCGAUGGCAUAUUCGAAAAAUAAUACUUUUAUUAUAUAUUGGUCAGACAUUAAUGAAAUAUAGUCAUUCUUAA